UGCUCCUUUUCUCACCAUGUCCUCCUCCUCCGCCAAACAUACUAUCUUUUUCUUUCUCUUUUUCCUUCUUUUUCUCUCUCUGCCUCCCUCCGCCGCCCAACCUACCGACCGCAACGAUGGCCGUGACCCCUACGCUCGUUUCACCCCUUCCAUGGCCAUAAUCAUCUUUGUCUUGGUUGCUGCUUUGUUCUUUAUGGGUUUCUUCUCGAUUUAUAUUCAGAACUGUUCCGAAGCCAACGCAAGCGUCGUCCGACCUUUCAAUGGCGGAACUGGGCGUUCCCGUCGCGGGAUGCGUGGGCUUGAAGCGUCUGUGAUCGAGACUUUCCCCACCAUGGUUUACUCCGAAGUUAAGGUUCAUAAGAUCGGCAAAGGAGAUUUGGAGUGCGCGGUUUGUUUGAACGAGUUCGAAGACGACGAAACGCUCCGUUUGAUACCCAAAUGUGACCACGUUUUCCACCCUGAAUGUAUCGAUGCUUGGUUGGCUUCUCAUACCACGUGUCCCGUUUGUAGAGCUAAUCUCGCUCCUGAACCUGAUCACUCGGUGAGUCAACCCACCGACGUCGCCGAAGUGGACCUCGAGUCUCAAAACGACGGCGGUGACUCUGAUACGGAAGAAGAUAGGCGGAGAAAUCCUAAUAAUGUUGACUACGACGUGGAGGCCCCGGUGGUUCAAGUAAUGGGCUUGAACCGAACUUUAAACAGGAACCGUACGCGUGGUAGCCGAACGCGUAGGUUCUUUUUCCCACGAUCACACUCGACCGGACACUCUUUGGUCCAACCAUGCGAAAACACGGACAGAUUCACUUUGCGAUUACCUGUCGAUGUUCGAAAACAGUUAAUGAACCGGAAGUUGGGUCGAGCAACGAGCUUGGUGUUGCCCAGGGAAACAAGUUCACGACGAGGAUACCGAAUCGGAGAAGACGGUGCAAGUACUAGAGGAAAGUCUUUGAGAUGGCUUGACAAGUCGGACCGGUGGGUGUUUAGUACGGCACCACCGUUUAUUAGUAGAGCACCAUCCAUGAAAUCACCCAAGGUGGCGGCCGCUAAUGGCGAAGGGACCUCCGCCUCAAGUUUUACUGUUAGACCGGACGUUGACUCAAGCCGUCCUCCGGUUUAAUGUCCUACUUUAGUUUUUUAACAACUUGGACGUGGAUUAAUGCUAUAAUUAAUUUUCUACCUAAAAGCCACGACAUUGGUGUAGAUUCGAACA